AUGGCCUCUCGCAGCGCGGGCACCCUCCUGACGGAGUUCAAUGCCGCCUACGUGCCCCCUAGCCUCAUGCCCGGGAUGAAGCUGGUCUUCUCUCUCACCAAUCAGUGUGGUCAGCGGAGACCAGAGUCGGAGAAGCACCCUGCACAGCAGGAGCAGGUGCAGUCAGCGCAGCAGCAUCGGGAGCACAUUCACGACAAGACUGGCACAGUGCCCCGCGUCCCCUACUUCGUGCUGCCCGUGAAAGAGUGGGACCGGUACCCCAUCCCCACCGACCUGCCUCCUCUGAGCCUGAAGGACAAGUGGCACCUUUUAAGGGUGUCCCCCAAGAACCUGAAGACCUACCAGACGUUCCCAUCGGGCAAGAGGGUCUCCACACAUGAGCGACAGAGGAGAGACUGCUACUUUGAGUUCAGAGCAUGAGACCAGGUGCGAUACCUGAGAGCCGGCGCCUGGGCCAGGUUGGA